AUUGUUCUGAGUUAUUGGCUUAGAACAGAACAGCUGAUAUCGCAACGUCAGGGGACUGUGUUAUUGCAUCGUCACAGAGCAGAAAUGUCUAGCACUGGAGCCAUCGAUCAAACUACACCAGUGCGUCAGAGGAUCAUCUCCGAAACCACUGGUUUGGUCAAGUUCAACAUUACAAAGAAGAAGAUCGAAGAAAGAACUUCAGAGAAUGCUAAGUUUGUCAAGCUGGAAGCAGAGAUGAACAGGAAAUCUGCACCAACACCACCAAAAAGACCUUUAACGUCUAUGGCUGUGAAGCCAACCAUCGUUCCGUACUCACCUUCGAGAAGGGGCAAUAACAACACUGCUAUGAAUGAAACCGGUGACAAUAACGUGGCAGCACCAAUCAACAAAGACCUGAUGCUUGAGCUGGCUGAAAAGCAACGUGAGGUUCUGGAGUUCAAGGAGAACAUGGAGACAUUGAAGUUCAAACUUGCAAAUGCUGAAAGAGAGCUGCGUGAAAUUGAGCGUAAAUGCAACACCAAUAUCAAGAUACAGCAUACAGAAAAGGGUACCCCAAAGCCUAACCUGUCUUCGAAACCUUCUCUGCAAUCCUUUAAGGCUUCCUUGAACAUGAACAACACAAACAGCAACAUGUCACCUCCAAAGGCUAUCAACUACGAUACUCUUAAAAGGAAGAUUUCAUUACCUCAAUUGUCCAAGCUGAAAGACAGAAACUCCCCCUUCAACCAGACACUAAAUGAAAACAUUCAAAGGUUCCAAAAGGAAUCCAACAUCAUAUUAGAGCGUGGGCUGACGUUUGUCAACAAUCUUCGUAACGAUAUGUUCAGAGAGGAGCACGCCAGCGAUUUUGAGCUAUCAAGUGAAGAGGAAGCAGGGGAAGAGGGAGAAACAUCGUAUCUGAGUGACUAUGGGGAUGCAGAUGCAAGUGACUACAUGCUAGCAGUUAAGUAAAUCAGGUUAUAGAAAUUCUAAUAUUAAUUUCUUUUAUUUGUUUCCAUCUCAUGGACAAUUGUUGAAUGGUACAUUCAACCUAUUUAAAUGUUUGAGAUACAAUGAACUGUGUAGCUUUCAAGGCCUGAUAUCUGACUUCUGAAUUCUUGUGGUUCAAUAAGUCCAUGAUCGUAUGUUUCUUAUCAACUUUGCUCAAGAUUUCGAUCGAUUUUGGAUCCAACUUGAGAAUCCUACCAAUGUCGCCCAAAACCAACACUAGGCUCUUUGGCUCCAUGUGUGGAACAUCCAACAGCUUUAACAACUGCUUGAACACUUUAUAGUUGUUAUCUUGGAAUUUCUCC